AUGGCGACGGAGCUGGAAGAACUAGUGGGAUUUCUAUCUUCUCCAUCUCCAACAGUGACGAAGGCAGCUGUUGAUAUCGUUCGGGGACUAACCGGGUCUGAAGAUGGCUUGCAGUCUCUUGCCAAUUAUGCAAAGAUUCUGCUGCCUUCAUUGGCUCGACUCUUAUCUGGAAAGAAGGAGGUCUCAGAACCUGCAGGAGAAGCUCUUGUUAAUCUUUCACAAAAUUCAGGUCUAGCAGCAAAGAUGGUUGAAAUGGGAAUGAUUAACGCAGCUAUGGACAUUUUAUAUAACCCAGAUUCUAGUAUUGGCCGAUUGUUGGCUAUGCUUUUAGUUAAUCUCACACAGUUGGAUGUUGGUGUUGCUUCUUUACUGCAGACUGGAGAAGAGAAGAUGCAAGGGCUCUAUGUUAUGAAGCUUGUGAGAUCAUUUUGUAGAUCCUCCGAUGAAGCUAGAGAAGAUCCAUUUGAACAUGUUGGUUCCGUACUUGUCAACAUCUCAAAGCAGGAAGCAGGCAGGAAGCUUUUACUGGACCCUAGGCGAGGGCUUUUAAAGCAGAUUAUUAGGCAGUUCGACUCUUCUAGUCCUUUAAGAAGGAAGGGGGUUUCUGGAACUAUUCGCAACUGUUGUUUUGAAGCUGAGAGUCAGCUUCAGAAUUUGCUUUUGAUUUCAGAGUUUCUCUGGCCAGCUCUGCUUCUUCCAGUUGCUGGUAACAAGAUUUAUAGUGAACAGGAUAGAUCUAAAAUGCCACUUGAGCUUGGGAGUGCUCUCUCAAUUGAGCGUGAACCAGUUGAUGAUCCUGAAAUUCGUGUUCAAGCACUGGAGGCAAUAUACUUAAUCUCGUUACAGGAGGCAGGUCUAAGAGCCUUUUGGUCUGUCAACGGACCGAGAAUAAUACAAGUCGGUUAUGAAGAUGAGGAAGAUCCUAAAGUAAUGGGAGCAUAUGAGCAACUUGGCUCCAUGCGGGACGGAGGAGCCAACAACAGAGACAUCGAAUUAGCAACACCGGUGUUCAUUCAUUUGAUCGAGCAGAUCUUCCACAAGCAAUUUUCAGCUGGUUUGGAAUGGAGCAUGUGA